CCUCUACUGCAAUUAGUGACGCAGUUAUCAGCGAACGUUCCAUCUGUUGACGAUAAUUAUCACUCAACGCCGUAUCAUUAAUUGAAUUUGCACUAAUCUUUAUUUGAGAUCUUGACUUAAUCUUCAUGCUCUUGUUUUGGUCAAUCAUGAAUUACGUUAUUACGCAGUGUGAAGAGUUAAAUGAAUAAGCUUGAAACUUUUCUUUUAAGAAAACAGAGGAGUGGGAUUAACGUUAGUCAUUUGUUACUUUAGCGUGAAUCUGAUAAGUGUGUUCGAGUUUGUCAUAUAUUUGUCAUGUAAAUAUCGUGUUUCAUUCAAUCAGCAACGCAUAUGGAGAUCAUUAUUACUCGUGUUAUGCAGAUUUAAACACAUAUUCAACAUUACGAUAAACGUCUUGAUGCCCUCCUCGGUUACGUCACGAUUACGGCACUGGACGUGUACAGUCGCAGGUACUCCUGCGGUCGACACAUCCUGAAUCGAGGACGCACGACAUAACAACAACUCCGUGUACGAACGUCUUUAGCGUAGUGCCGUAGUUUAGUGAUAUAGCGGCGAUUCGCAGGACAAUAACAGAGAAGAGAUGUCCUGUUGUACCAGUGACAAGAAUGAGGAUCGCGCCGAGCCGACGCGAGUGCGAGGCUGCACCGACAUCUUCUGGCUCUGCCUCUUCAUAGCAUUCUGGUUUUUGAUGAUCUUGAUCGCAGCCUUUGCUGUAGUCUAUGGCAAUCCCUUGCGUCUUAUAAAUGGAUACGACAGCUUUGGAAAUACAUGUGGCAUGAAAAAUAAUCCAAAGUUUGGUAGCAUGGAGCUCUCUGGACAGGAUACUAGUGACAAACCUUUUCUAUUUUUUUUGGAUAUAUAUAACGUCACGCAAUCACUAAAAAUCUGUGUGAAGCAAUGUCCCGAUAGGACUAUGAAUUCAAUGAAAGAUAUCUGUGAUUUUUAUGGAAAAACGGGAUCACAAUUAUGCCACGAUAGACCCGGCAGUGUUUUCAGCGCGUGUAACAGCGGCAGUAGCAAAUUCAAGAAUGGAUCUUGUCCUGUGCUGCCUGUUUACAGCAGUACACCAGUACUAAAUCGCUGUAUUCCUAAAGCGAUUCAAGAUGCGGGAGAAACGAUAAUCUCGAAUUUGUAUGGCUUGAUUAAUUCGUGGGACGUUAUUGAGCAAGUCUUGGGAGAUUUGUACAAAACCUGGCGGGAGAUUUUAGCGUUGUCUUUUCUGGCCUUUGUUUUAUCACUUUUUAUGAUAGCCAUCUUUCAUUUGCUGGCGAACAUCGUGACGUGGAUCGUAAUAGUGCUCGUAAGCAUUGCUUGUGUAGGUGGUACUAUACUUUUAUGGUGGACAUAUAUAGAUAUUAAAAAAACAUUGGACAAGACUGAUCCAAAUCAACUUUUGGAAGAGUCUGUUAGAAAUGAAAGAGCAUUCCUUGCAUUUUCUAUUAUUGCUACUGUUAUUACUGUCAUCAUAUUGUUCCUCGCAUGUAUAUUACGUAAACGUAUAAGCUUUAUGGCAGCACUGUUCAAGGAAAGCGCAAAGUGCCUGGCAGAAUUACCCGGCCUAUUUUUCCAGCCUUUUUUAACGUUCAUAGCUUUGAUACUGUUCUUUGCCUUUUGGGUAGCUAUAAUUCUCUGUCUCGCAACAGCUAAUUAUCCGGAAACAAAGUCAGUGCAAAUGUACAAGAACAACAUAUUCGAGCCUUUGAAUUUAAGUUCGGUCGGUGAAAACAGUCCUUUAGUCGAGGAGAAGAAGAUAGACUUUUCCCUUGAUAGUUUCAAAACGUUCACCCUCGUGGAGUACGUCGACGCAACGUGGGUGAAGUACAUGUGGUGGGUGUAUCUCAUAGGACUGAUAUGGGUGUCAGAAUUCAUCGUUGGGUGUCAAGUUAUGGUAAUAUCGGGUGCUGUUGCGCACUGGUAUUUCAGAGGUAAAAACGCCAACACAUUUCCAGUGUGUUCAUCUAUAGGACACUUGGUUUGCUAUCACUUAGGCUCCAUAGCAUGUGGUUCGCUUUUAAUAACGAUCUUCAAACUACCUAGGCUGAUCUUAACAUAUCUGCAUAUGAAAUUUGAGAAAACUAAAGAAACGUCUCCGUGCUCACAGUGCGGUUUGAAGUUUUGCAUUUGUUGCUUUUACUGCUUAGAGAAAUUUAUUCGAUACAUGAAUCAUAAUGCGUACACCGUCGUCGCUAUAGAGGGUACCCACUUCUGCAAUGCUGCCAGAAUAGCUUUUAAUACGCUUGUUAGUAAUGCUUUGCAAAUAGCAGUGAUCAACGGAUUCGGCGAUUUUAUAUUGUUCCUGGGAAAAUGUUUCGUCACGGCGGCGACUGGGAGUAUCGGAUUAAUUUUCAUGAAGCAAGACCCGAGGUUACACUUCUAUGCCGCCCCGAUCUUCGUGACUUGCGUUUUCUCAUUUUUCAUUGCCCAUUGUAUAAUUUCUCUUUACGAAACUGUCAUCGACACAUUAUUUUUGUGCAUAUGUGAAGACAAGAACUUGAACGGUGAGAACGGAAAGUGGCGCCAAUUCGCACUAGCACAAAUUGGAGGUUCCAGCAACAAUGCGAACGGACAACACGAAUUGGCACCGAUGAACGAAUAAGUAUUUAAUAUUUAUGCGUUCUUUCUAGUAGUCUUUUGUGUACACAUGCUCUUUUUGAUAAUCCCAGAAUAUUUACUUUCACUUACAUAUUUUAUCACCUCGCAUAUUUAAUGAGACUAAUUUAGAGACUAAUGGGGGUACAUUCCUUUGGAUUUUCACGCGUACAGUAUCACUGUACAAACACAAUUUUACACAAAUCUACUGGGACAGUUGCUUUUACAAAGAAGAGAAAUAUUUAAAAUGUAGAAUCAUGUGAAGGUGUGGUAACUUGUUUUAACGUAUUUUUACCGUAUAUGUAAAGAAUAAGACUAACACACAAGACGUGCGCGCGCGUUACUUUUAUACAAUUAUAUAAUCACGUAAUAUAUUAUGACUCUUAUGGUAUUUAAAUACGGAUGCUCGUCCGUCAAGACACAAAUCCAUGCAUUUAUAUGCCAUUAUUAGAGUUUAUUCAAGCUGACUAAUCAUUGCACUUUUUAUCAUUGCAAGAAAGAUAUUUUAGUAAUUGUGAUUUAUUGUGUUUCUUUUUAUCAUUGCAAGAAAGAUAUCUUAGUAAUUGUGAUUUAUUGUGUUUCUUGAGAAAAAACGCACGACACAAAGCACUCACUGCUUGAUAACGUGAGAAAACCAAAAUUAAGAAAAGGGUGGCCAAUAAGAGCCAAACGCGGAUGUGUGCUAGUAAGAUAAUCUUAAAUCAUUCCAUUAACAAAUUCUACAUUAAUUCGCGGAGAAUUUUUGUUAAUUAACCAUAAUUGGUUAAUUAAUAAAAAUUAAUUAGAAAUGGGUGGUGGGGUGCACUCAUCAAUAUUAAUAAUGGAAAACUACUCAGCGCAUGCAUCACAUUACACGUUCAAAUGUAUUAUCCUCCCGCGAUUUAAAAUUAUCGCACUAAUAUCCGCGUUUGGCUUUUACUGACCGUCUUUCUCUUAACCUAGUUGCAUAUCUGAGAGCCUGUUUAUAUAUAAUUUCUUGGGAAACAAUGAAUUAUAUUAUACAUAAAAUGGGAACAAAUGUAAACUCAUAUAUAAUAUAUAAGUAUUCAUAUUAUAUAUUAUAUAUAUUAUAUAUUAUUAUAUAUUACUCAUCAUAUACAUUACACUAUCAUAUACAUUAUAUAUUAUAUAUAAAUACACUGGUCAACAAAGUAAUUUGUCACAUGAAAAGUUCUAAUGUGUUUCUUAUAUAUUUUUAUACAUAUAGAAUCUAAAAAUAAAUUCCGAAUUUUUCACUUACAGUUUUUUUAUGACAGUUAUGUAAGAUUAUAUCACUGGAAAACCCUGGGUGAUAAAAAAAAUUUGUUUAAUUUUUUAAUUUUGAAUUUGAAUUAUUUUUAUGUGUGUGACAAAAACAGUUUUCUUUUGUAAACCAGUGUAUUUGUAAGUUUACAAAACAAAUCUCUGGAUUGAUUCUAGACUAUAUCUAAUGAAUUUGUACUUUGAGAUACGCGACCUGUUAGUGCUUAAUGUUUUUCAUUAAACUGCCAGAUUUUAAAGCAUAUUUCAUAAUUUUUAAUGAAAUCUUUGAGAGAAAAAUUGUCGGACCACAACGCGUAAUUUAUUUUAUAAGAAUUUUUUUUAAGGUUCUUUAUAAAUAUUCAGUAAAUAUACAAAUAGCGAACAAAGUAUAAAUUAGAUUUAUAUAUAACGUUCUUUUUAAGCAUCUAAUUUUAUGUUAUCAGAGUAUUUUUGCACGUAUCAUAAAAUGUCCACUGUGUCUUAGAGAUAUACAGAGCCAUAUAUAAGAUAACACAAGUAUGUAUUUAUAUUAUAACAGUGCAUAUAUAAAAACACGAAGUCAUUGUUAUAAAUGAUACGAUUAUUGUUGACAAAAGAAGAUUUAUAUUCUGACACAACGAAGUGCAAUUACCUAUAAAAUAGUCCGACAGAUUUCCUAUAUGCAAAAAAAAUAUGGGAUAUUUAUCAUGUUGUGAAAGUUCUCUAUCUGUUGCAAAUGAAGAGUCUAUUUUCUAAACUUUA